GCCGAUUGAGCGCAUUCCGCGUUCGACGCUCGACGCAAACGCACGCUCACUAACUCACAACAAUCUUCCAUACAAACAUGUCUUACGAGAUCGCGUAUUCUCUCGCGGACGACGGCCCGCAGCCCGUCUCGCGCACUUAUCAAUAUCGCAAAGUGAUGAAACCGAUGCUCGAGCGCAAGAGGCGCGCUCGCAUCAACCGCUGCCUCGACGAACUUAAGGAGCUGAUGGUCAGCGCUCUCCAAUCGGAGGGCGAGAACGUUGCCAAGUUGGAGAAAGCUGAUAUUUUGGAAUUGACAGUGCGACACUUGCACAAGCUUCGCCGCCAGCGCAGACUGUCGCUCAACCCGACGGUCGACGCAGACCGCUUCCGGGCUGGAUUCACCCACGCGGCCAACGAGGUUUCCCGGUGUCUGGCAUCGAUCCCCGGCGUGGACGUGAGGCUGGGCACACAGCUGAUGACACACCUCGGACACAGACUGAACGAUAUGCAGCGCGCCGCCGGCACCGACACCCCGCCGGCCAGCCCGCCAAGCCCUGCACUUUCCACCGUGUCUUCCUCGUCCGGCUACGUAACCCCGUCGCCGCCAGCCUCCCCGGUGCCGAUGCACACGGCCGUGCCCCUGGACUGCACAACCAGCUCCAGCUUCAAGGCGCCGGCAGUGUGGCGGCCAUGGUAAAUGCGGUGCUAGGAGCUGGCGGACCCGGCUCCACGGUCACAUCUGUUCCAGCACCGCUCGGAGUCGCACGCGCUCCCAAGUGUCCGCCCGAUCCAUAAGUUUAGUGAUAUAUGGAAACAUGAAGACUCUUAGAUCUCACAGUUAUUUAGUGUUAGCCCUUUAAAAUCCUAGUUUGUAAGUUCAACUUGAAAGCUUUAAUUGAAAUAGUUGUAUAAGUAAUUUUGUGAUAUUAAAAGAGUUAAUAUUAUUGUUUAAAUUAAGAGAUGUAUCGAGCCUUGCCCGACUUUGAGUGGGUUCGGAUUGUUAUUUUUUUAUCGUUGAAAAGAUUUCACAAACAUGUGAACAAAUACGAGAGAGUAAUUAAUAAAAGAAUUAUUAUCAGACAUA